AGGUUAAGAUUUUCAGCACAUGCGGUAAAAAUCAGUCGCUGAGAACUUGCGGCCGGAAAUUGUUUUUUUUUUUCACAUGUUAAUUUUGCGUAUUUAUCGCGCCACUUUUGCUUUUAAUUAUUUCGUGAACAAUAAUCACAAUAGUUAUUAUCACUCUAUAUGACCUUUUCUAUUUUUAUAUUCCGCUGAACGCAUGAAACGUGUUCACGCCGCGAUGGAGCUAGAAAAUUAUAGUAACAUUCCAUCGUCCAAAGUUCGUCUUGUGGAACGAAAUGUUACGCCUCAAGGAGUUACAUUGGUUAAUCCAUCGGCUAUUGCAAAAAAAGCACCGAAUGAUUUAGUGAUGCUCGCUCUGGAGAUACAAAAGGCGGACAAUUUUGUCAAGGCUAACGCCUGCAACAAGUUACAAAUAAUCGCUGAGCAAAUGAAGUUUCUUCAAAAGCAAGCCGAGAAUGUUUUAUUGGAGGCGAAACAGCAUACGUACUUGCAUCACGCAGCUUGUAAUUUUCGAAAGCAACCAGGACACAUUUACCACGUUUAUAUGAGAGAAUCUGAACAGACAUAUUUCUCUAUGCUAAGUCCAGAGGAAUGGGGUGGAGACGGUCCGCCACAUUCCUACAAAGGAUCUUACAGAUUGGAGCAUGAUCAGUCAUGGACACCGGUUUCAAAGAUGAAAAGCAAGGAUGACGAGCUGCACAUGAUUCAUAAAAUUUUAGAUGCAAAUCAGGCCUUUUCAAUAACUGAUGAUCCUAACAGAAUGAACAUAGAUAAUUGAUUUUGGAGAAACGUACUCGUUUAGCAUAACUAGCCUCAUGUAAAGAUUAUCGAAGGUAAUCUUUUUUCCUGAUACUUUACCAGAAAAAAAUGUUAGUCUCGGAGUUCGUCUUUGAGAAUAUUCUAGUACUUGGAACAAGCACCGACCUCUGCUUGACUUCUUAAUCAGCUAUUACAAUUACCAAUGAAAUGUGACGGUAAAAUAUUAAUUUGUCUAUAAAUAUAUGAUGCACUCACCGCCAAUGUGGCAUCAAUGCAGCAUCGAUUGAUGUUUUAACAA